UCUAUCUCGGCUUGGCUGCCCGUUCCCGGGCCCGGAGCGUGCUGACCCGGUUUCCACCCGGUUCUCUUCUCGCAGGUCUCCGUCUAGCUGGGGCUGAGCAAGAAUUCGGGGUGACAGCGCGGGGACGGAGACGCCAGGGACCCGUGCAAACGGAGUGGGGAGCGCAGCCCGCCCCACCAUCAUGCCGCGUUCGUUCCUUGUUAAGAGCAAGAAGGCUCACAGUUACCACCAACCGCGCUCCCCGGGACCCGACUAUUCCCUCCAACCGGAGCAUGUCCUGGCGCCAGCCUCCGCGUCCCCCGGCAGCAGCGAGGGCAGCGUCUGCGACCGCAGCUCGGAAUUCGAGGACUUCUGGAGGCCGCCGUCGCCCUCCGUGUCUCCCGCCUCGGAGAAGUCGGUGUGCCCAUCGCUGGACGAAGCUCAGCCCUUCCCCUUGCCCUUCAAGCCCUACUCGUGGAGCGGCCUGGUGGGUUCUGACCUGCGGAAUUUGGUGCAGAGCUACCGGCCGUGCGCGGCCCUGGAGCGCGGCGCAGGCCCCCCUUUCCCCCGGCCCCACCCGCCUCAGGUGUUCUCCACGCCGCACGGGCUCGAGGUGCACGUGCGCAGGUCUCACAGCGGCACGAGGCCCUUUGCGUGUGAGAUAUGCGGCAAGACCUUCGGGCACGCGGUGAGCCUGGAGCAGCACAAAGCCGUGCACUCACAGGAAAGGAGCUUUGACUGUAAGAUCUGUGGCAAGAGCUUUAAGAGGUCAUCGACGUUGUCCACACACCUCCUCAUCCAUUCAGACACCCGGCCCUACCCCUGUCAGUACUGUGGCAAGAGGUUCCAUCAGAAGUCUGACAUGAAAAAACACACCUUCAUCCACACUGGUGAGAAGCCCCACAAGUGCCAGGUGUGCGGCAAGGCCUUCAGCCAGAGCUCCAACCUCAUCACCCACAGCCGCAAGCACACAGGCUUCAAGCCCUUCGGCUGUGACUUGUGUGGGAAGGGCUUCCAGAGGAAGGUGGACCUCAGGCGGCACCGGGAGACGCAGCACGGGCUCAAAUGAGUGCCCUGGCGGGCCACGCGCAAUCACACAACACUAGGGAGGGCGGCCUGCCCACUGGCCAGCAGCCGCUCCUGACUUCUCAGGCCCCCGAGGCUGCAGAUCCCACCUGGGUGAGCCCCCAGAGGGGAUGUUACCUUUUUAAGGUUCAUCCAGGAGUGGGAUCCAAAUGACUCUGGGUGCCUUGGACAUAGGGAACGGCCCCUCGAAACGUGAAGUCUUGUAUCUUGGGACCCUCUGUCCUGCUCCCAAGACAGGAAGGCCCUUCAGGUUUCUUCACUCCUCCUCCUGCCCGACCCCAGAUACUUGUGUGGAAGAGGAGGAAUCACUAUUUACAAGGUGGACACACGUUAAUGCCGUUAUCGUUUUAAAUCCAGAAUGAAGAAGGAGUAUUUUUAUUUUCAUUUUGGGGGGUCCGCUGACCCCUUUCUGUGAGGUGCUGCCUGUAACUCUUGGAGGAAUCAUUUCUCCCACUUGAAGACGGUUUCAGAAACUGAUUUGGGGAAGUAGUUUCAUACUUUUGAAGUGACAAGCCACACUGAACAGCCUGGCCCCAAGAAAGAGUUCAAGAACAGUGGGCUUGGUGAUGAGAAGAGAUUAGAGGCCGGCGAAGGCUUCAUCAGAGGAGGUGAAAGCACAGAGCAGCGCCUUAGGACAAGAUAGCAUCCAUUUACUCAGCAAAUGUUUGUUGGCCACCGGUUACCAUGGUACCAGGCCCUCCGCUGGAUACGGGGGAACCAGAUACUAAGGUCAUGGCCCCGGGCUAACAGUCACACCUCCAGUGGCUGGGUCUGUGCUUUUCCUCCGAAGGAAUUCCGAGAGGACAAAGCAGAAUCGUGAACCUUCCCUUCGGACCCCUUUGGAUUUCAUCAACCACAAACAAAACAUAACUGAACAGAUACUUCAAAGAUGUGUGUGAAUACUCAGUUUUUUACUGUUCACCUGAAUUUUUUUAAAGAUGCCUAAGCUAGCAGGUGUGGGGGAGUGAAGGCUCUGUCUUCGACACUUAGCCCUUCCAUGUGCUCCAUAGAGAGAAAAAAAUGGUAUUUUCCUUUGGCGAGGUUUAUAAAUGUUUUUAGAUCUUCUGGAGUGCAUUAUGUUUGUUCAUACAUAUUUAUUAGAGUGAUGUUUUAAGUUAAUAAAGUA